AUGAUUUCUAGCAAGACGGAUCGGAUUCAACUUGUUGAUGUUGAUUACCUGUUUUACGAUAUUUUGAUAUGGAACCCAUCCAUUAGGAAAGUUAAAGCCUUACCCUCUAUUACUUUUCCAAACAAACUACCUAAUGGUACGGUUGUGACUACUGAAUUUGGAUUUGGGAUUUCUAACGACAUGACUUGGAAGGUUGUUAUGUUAUUAGAAAUUGGUAAUCUAGGUGAGGGUGAGAGAAAAUUUGACCAAAUUACAAUGGUUUAUAGCCAGGUUCAUGGUGAUUCAUGGAGUUUGAGACAGAUUAAUUCGGUUCCAUUUGUUCCGCCUGUUCAAGGUCACGCUAAUGAUUUUUAUUUAAAAGGGAGGUACUAUUGGAAUGACGUCAAAAGUUACUAUAAUCAUCCUUACAAUGAAGAGCUUUUGUUUGACAUCGAUCAUUAUAAAGUUCUCAAUAAGCGAUACUUGAUUUGGUUUGACAUGGACGAUGAGGUUUUUGGGACGAUUGAGCUUCCAUCUAAUUUUGGUUAUAAUAAGGUUCGUUCAAUCACAAUUAUGAAUGAGACUAUUGCUUUAGUUGUAAGACCAAGUAUGGAGGAUUCCGAAGGUUAUUGCAUUGAUAUUUGGUUAAUGAUUGAAAAUGACAACAAUACUUAUUGGCAUAAACAAGCAUGUAUUGUAAACAUAGAUCAUUGUGGUGAUUAUCCCAGAACACUGGGAAUUUGGAAUGUGGGUAGUCAAUUGCUUGUGUUUCCGGACGAGGGAUUGGAGGCUAUUUCUUGGUAA